GUCAGAGUCGAGGAAUCGACUCUCCAUCACUAUGCGCAUUUGAUAUUGUAAGCCAAAGGUGACUACCGGGACAGGCCAAAUAAAUAAGCUGCGUUUUGUAUCAGCUCCUAAAUAGGACGUCACGCGCAAUCAUGGCGACAAAUGAUUAUGCCCAAACUUCAAACCAUGGAUAUGGUGGUUAUGGAGGACAGUCGAGUCAGAGUUACAGUCAACCUCCUGGCCAACAGAGCUAUGGAGGAGGUUACAACCAGAAUUCAGAGAGCAGCUCUGCUCCAUAUAAUCAGGGUGGAUAUGGAUCCAACUAUGGACAGUCCCAAUCAGGUGGAUAUGGGUCUCAGCCCCCAUCUCAGUCCAGUCAGUCCUAUAGCUCUGGAGGCUACAGUACCACCAGCCAGCCUCCACCAGCUCAAAGUGGAGGAUACAACCCGCAGUCCUCUUACUCUGGCUAUAACCAGAAUCAGUCUUCUCCUUCCUCUAUCUCUGGUAACUACGGCACUAACUCCCAGUCGUCUGGCUAUGGGCAGCAGCAGGGUGGGGGUGGUUAUGGAAGUCAGAGCGGUGGUUAUAGUGGAAGUGGGGGGCAGAGUGGUGGAUACGGGGGUAGUGGGGGCCAACACCAGUCCUCUCAGCAUGGAGGAGGGUCUUACAACCGGUCCCCCAACUACAAUUCUCCUUCACCUCAAAACUAUGGGCAACAAAAUCAAUAUGGACAGGGAGGCUACAAUCAGGAUUCCCCACCCAUGAGUGGUAGUAGUGGAGGAGGAGGCUGUGGUGGUCAGGAUGGCGGAUAUGGCCAGGAUGGUAGAGGGGGACGUGGCCGUGGAGGUGGUGGCUUUGGAGGUCGAGGGGCAUGUGGGUUUGACAGAGGUGGUCGUGGAGGACCUCGGGGCAGAGGAGGAAUGGGAAUGGGCGAUCGUGGAGGAUUCAAUAAGUUUGGUGUACCCCGGGAUCAUGGAGCUGGUGGGCCCAACAUGCAGGACCAGGAAAACUCUGACAACAACACGAUCUUUGUGCAAGGUCUUGGAGACAACUAUACUGUGGACUCCGUAGCAGACUUCUUCAAACAGAUCGGCAUCAUCAAGAUCAAUAAAAAGACAGGAUUGCCCAUGAUAAAUCUGUAUACAGACAGAGAGACAGGGAAGCUGAAAGGAGAGGCUACUGUUUCCUUUGAUGACCCCCCUUCUGCCAAAGCUGCCAUUGAUUGGUUUGAUGGUAAAGACUUCAAUGGAAACCCAAUCAAGGUGUCCUUUGCCACUCGCAGGGCUGAUUUUGGACGAGGUGGUGGAGGCAUGAGAGGUGGUCGUGGUCGAGGAGGGCCAGUGGGCCGUGGGGGAUUUGGGGGAGGUCGAGGUGGUGGUAAUGGUGGUGGUUUCCCAGGCAACAAUGGAGGUGGUGGUGGCCAGCAGAGAUCAGGGGACUGGAAAUGUUCAAACCUAUCAUGUGGUAAUUUGAACUUCUCAUGGCGAAAUGAGUGCAAUCAGUGCAAAGCUGACAAACCUGAGGGCAGUGGAGGAGUUAUGCCACCGAUGGGAGGUGGUUAUGGUGGGGAUAGGGGCAGAGGCGGUUUCGAUCGAGGUGGCUUCCGUGGCCGUGGUGGUGAUCGAGGGGGCUUCAGAGGAGGGAGACGAGGUGACUGGGGAGGAUACGGACCUGGCAAGAUGGACUCACGGGGUGAGCACAGACACGACCACAGAGACAGACCUUACUGAUGGGAAACUCUCUUUUGUCCAAAUUAGACUAUAAUUUGAUGUGGGACCAGUAUGCACUCCAUCUCAACAUUUUAAAAAGUAAAUCUUGUUACUCAUGUUUUACGUUGUAAACGUUGUAAUUUAUUUUAUUUUUACCAUUCCCUCGCUACUCCUUAAAUAUAAAUCUUUUCUCUCUGAAUUUAUUUGCUGUUGUUUAGGUUGCAGAAGAAGUAUUUGUGCUGUUUAUUAAACAUUCUUUCUUUGAAAUUGUUGAAAAUAAUAAAUUGUGCUUUAGAAUUAAAAAAUAAAUAAGUUGUAUAUGUGAAGCAUUACUUUAUUAUAUCAACACAAAUUUUAAUUAUCCCCAUUUCAAAGCACUUUGUAUUUGUCUUGGAAUCAGUGUUUUUCAAGUGUGAUCACUGAUGUAUAAUAAUAACAAAUAAUAAACUGCUUAUCUCUAA